AGUGUUCUGGCCGAUUUUUUUGUGCCAGACGUCUCUGCAAUAGAGCCAUGGCAUGGCGCCGUUCAACCGCUGGUGCUGUUGCACUACUCCUCUCGCUUUGUGCUUCGUCCUUGCUGCUGUGGCCAGUUGGGCCCAGACGCCUUUUGAGUCUGUCUGUAGCGUGGACGAACAUCGACGUUGAUUUCACAAUUGAUUCGCGACCGGAUGACUUCACCAGGUGGAUGUCGAAUGCUGGAUUAGAGGUGCCAGACACGAGCACGAGCGGCCACAUGUUAUCUCACCUGAAAGAACGCUUGAUCCUGCGAAUUUUGGCCUUCGCAGUGGACGUGCUCCCAGACUCCGUGGUGAAGGACUACUCAGAGCACCUUGCUGAGGUGGAGGGUAUCGACUUGUCGGCCAAGCGAGAGCUCACCUACAGCGAGCAGCUCAUCCGAGAUGAAUUGGCGCGUCAGGCGGAGCACAGCGAAGAGUUGCUCAAGUCUUCGACUGGCUACAACACCUUCGCCUUCAUGCCGAAGUUUGUCGGGCGCGUACUGCCUGGGAAGACGAUGAGCUGGUCCUCGCGGUGCUGGAAGGAGGUGACGGCAACUGUGGAGAAGAAAGAUGGGCAGUGGACUCUGGAGGUCAAGGUGGCGAAGUCGACGGAAUGGCUUUGUGAAGAGAUGUUUGGUCUUUUCACCGCGUCGCACUUCCACGUGGGAUCUUUCCCAGCUCCCAUCGGCGGCACUAAGAGCUUCACCUUCAAAUCCGAUACGUUGACAGAUGCCCAAACCUGGGACGUGGACACCUUGGGCAUGCGGAUCUUCAUGUUCCACGAGAGCAGCCUGGCCACGGUGCGCAACCUCCUGGAGACGGCGCUGCUCUUCGUGCCGGAGAAGACCAAGGGUGUCCCUUCCUUGAUCGCGCAGCGGAAUCUGAAGUUCCUGCGCGAUUAUGUGGGCAUUGACAUGAAGAAGCGCCGGGACCCGGGCACGCUGCUGCUGAACGAGUCGGAGAUCGCCUCGGGGGACUUCUUUGGGGUCAUCCGCCUGGACGGCCUCGACCCGAUGCUGGCCUUCGGCAUGGGCUCCCACACUGGGCACACCACCGUGGCCCUGUGGGAGGACGGCCAGCUCUAUGUGGCGGAGAGCACGACCAAUAGUUCGUAUUGGCCAACCAACGGAAUCCAACGUACACCCUAUCGGCAGUGGAUUGACCAGGCCAGAGCUGCCGGACUCUCCGUGGUGCAUGUUCCCCUGAAGGAGGAGUAUCGCAAGAUGUUUGAUGAGCGUGCUGCCAAUGCAUUCUUCCACAAAUAUCAAGGCUUGGAGUACGGCUACCACACCCUGGUCACAGGCUGGAUUGAUACCCUCCAUGACAAUUAUCCGUGCAUUCCGCCCUAUGAUGCCACCGACAAGCAGUGCCUCUCGUGGGAGCUCCUUGAGGUGGCCAUGCCUAUCGUGACGCGAUACAUUCCCCGAUUGGAGAAGCCGUUCUUGCUGUCCUGGAAUCAGCACGUGACAGGGUCUUCUUACAGCAACCUCUCGGGAACGGCGCUGUACAAAGAGGCAAUGUCGAAAGGCAUGGCGCUGGCAUCCAUUCCGGCCGUACCAGAACAGGAUGGCGUGCUGUACCCAUCGGUCUUCAACAACGGCACGCGGGCGCCCUCGAUUGCAAUGGUAUGCGACGUGUUUGUUUGCAAUGUUUGGAAAGCAGCCGGCAUCUUCAAGGAGAUCGAAAAUGAUUUCAGCUGCACGGAGCAGACGAAUAUCGACAUCUACGGCCUCAAUGUCCUGGAGGCACCAAAGAAGCGAGCGGCCGCCUGCAUUGCUGCAGAUCCGAACAACACGCUGUGCCAGCUGACUGGUGACUACGAGAUGCACCUGCCGAAGGUGGGUCAGAGGUCUAUGUACAGACACAUGCAAGAGAAGUGCCCCACUCAGCCGCCCUUGUACGAACGGCCUGACACUUGCUGAUCACGAAAGCUAGCUUUAGCUAGCUGAAGCUUCUCCUUGCAUAAGCAAGGUGAGGGGCUGAAAUGCAG